AUGCUUCUCCUCUCAGCUAACCCGCUAGGAUGCGAGCUCCUGCUGAAUGGCAAAUCGGUCGAGCGUUCAAAGGACCUUGGUUUGGCCAAGGGCACUACGUAUACUCUCGUCGCAGCUGGAAGGUGCACGAAGGCGCCUGAAGCGCCUGGCGCCAACUGUAGUCGCCUCGCUCACUUGACUCAGCAUCCGCGGCCCCGACGCAUGUCACCUGUUGACCGUGUCAACUCGCCGUUACCCACCGCCUUGCCAGCAUUCAUAUCCACCGCGUAUAUAAGGCGCCUUCUUCGACCGCACAUCUUGACCUCUCGCCUGACUACAUCGCAUCCUGCCAUGGCUCACCAGAUAAUUCUGUACGAUAUGGCAACGAAAGUCGGGCCUUACUCCCUCAACACCUGGCGUACCAGAUACGCCCUCAACUUCAAGGGCCUACCAUUCACCACGGUCUGGCUCGAACUGUGCGACGUCGAGCGAGAACUGAGUGCCGCGGGCGCGCCUCCUUCGGGCACAUGGCCUGACGGACGGCCACAGUACACCAUCGCUCGCUACCUCGACGAGACGUACCCUGACAGUCGCACACUCUUCCCCCAUGGCACCGUUAGUCUCCAGCACGCCUUCGUGGGAGAGUUCAUCAGUAAGGUCGUGUUCCCCAGCUUCCCCAUCGCGCUGGAGGGCUGCUACGCCGUCAUGCCAGAGCGGACGCGGGUGUAUUUCCGUGAGACGCGGGAGAAGAUGUUUGGGAAGACGUUGGAGGAGAUCUGGGGGGAUAAGGCGGCGGUGGAGAAGGGAUGGGCGGAUGUCAAGAAGGGGCUUGACUGGUUGGAAGGGGUCAUCAAGGAGAACGGGGACGACAAGCUCUUCCUCCUUAGCGACACGCCUGUCGAGGCGGAUAUGGCCAUCGCGUCCAUGUUCCAAUGGAUCAUCAAGGCCAGUAUGCCGGUCUGGAACGACCUGAAGGUGCUGAAUGGUGGGCGAUGGGGACGAUUAGUCGAUGCUCUGCGCCGGUACGAGGGCAAUGAACACACGAGGGCGUGA